AUCUAUCUAUCUAUCUAUCUAUCUAUCUAUCUCUGUUAAAAUGACUCAUUUGUCUUUUUAAAUGACUCAUUUGUCUUUUUAGGCUUCCUCUUGACCUCCCAGAGAUCAGUCACAAAAGAUGUCAGGAAAUCCUGCUGUGGUCAUGCGAUUGGUGGCGUCUGCGUAUUCGGUGGCUGAAAAGGCUGGCGCCAUCGUUAGGAAGGUCCUGCAUAGUGGAGAACUUGGCAUUGUGGAAAAGACAGGAGCUAACGAUCUGCAGACUCUAGCGGACAGACUCGCACAGCAGAGCAUUUGUGCUUCACUGUCGAGACGAUUUCCCAAAAUCACUAUUAUCGGAGAGGAGGAUCUUCCAGCUGAAGAAGUUAAGGAGGAUCUCAUUGAGCUUGGCCACUUUGAUGAAGUCCUUCAGAAGAACUGUCCAGAAGAAUUUAGAAGUCUAAAGGAAGAAGAGCUCGUCGUUUGGGUUGAUCCUCUCGAUGGCACAAAGGAGUAUACAGAAGCCUCUAGAUGUCUCCAUCUCCAAGCUGCACCGCAUAAAGGGUCGGACAACUCUCAGACUCCCGGCACAGCUCUCUGGCUCCUGGACAAUGUCACAGUGCUCAUUGGUAUUGCUUAUGGAGGCAGAGCUAUCGCAGGUGUCAUCAACCAGCCGUUCUACAAUUAUCAACUUGGAGCAGGAGCGGUUUUAGGAAGAACCAUGUGGGGAGUGCUGGGAUUGGGCGCCUUUGGCUUCCAGUUGCAGGAAGUUCCAGGUGAUAAGAGAAUUGUCACAACCACCCGUUCCCAUAGCAACAAGGUGGUAACAGACUGCGUGAAUGCCAUGGAGCCUCACGAAGUCAUAAGAGUGGGUGGUGCUGGAAACAAGAUAAUCCAGCUUGUUGAGGGGAGGGCUUCUGCUUAUGUGUUUGCGAGUCCUGGGUGCAAGAAGUGGGACACGUGUGCUCCGGAGGCCAUCCUGCAUGCUGUUGGAGGUAAACUGACAGACAUGCAUGGAAAUGCAUACCGCUACGACGCUGACGUACAACACAUGAACUCUGCUGGGGUUCUUGCUGCACUGAGUAACCAUGACUACUACGUCAGCAGAGUGCCACGGUCAGUGCUGCAAGCCCUCAAGACAGACUGAGGUCCUGCUUUGGUGCAUAAAACAGUUCAGAGUCCAUGUUUUAUUUUGUAAAUCAACACCUGGUCGUUCAUGUAACUGCAUUUCUUCCAGUGCCUCGUUCUGACACGACGCUACGUUCAUCUACUUUAUUCAUACAAAUAUGACAUUUAAUCUUUUCCAGUUUGAACACAAAAACAAUAAGAAGGCUAAUUAAGGAUUUGAUGUAAAUAAAACACAGUAAAAGUCUAAAUGUGUGAAUCAGAAAUUAUUUACUGCAUUUCAUGCAGUAGGAGCCGUUCCAGUCCAGCUGCAGAGUGCCAAUGAUAAAAAUGUUUACACAUGCAAUGACCCCCUGCAGAAAUCAAAGGACUUUCAGGUGUGUUGUGCAUGCUGGAAACAUUCAUCACUGACUUUCCUAAUAAUAAAACACCAAUUUUUAACUUUU